AAAUGGAAUUUAUGAGAAUGUAUUAUUUCAUUCGUCGAGGUUUUUCAUUUGAUUAAGCGUUUAAAAGUUUUCCGUCUACACUGCUUCCAGGACAAUUUCCUGGCGCGGGAAAUGAAUAGCUUGGUCUUCUGCUGAGUUGGACAGUUCCUCUGUAACGUGCUGAAGAGCAGAAGACUUGCAGAACCCAGGAUCUUUAACCAAACCUUUUUGAAAAACUUGCCGAAGAAAAUGCGUCCUUCCUGCUCAAAGGCUCCCCAUUCUCCCGCCACCAGGAUGAGUUUGAGGAGCUUCCGUAGCGUCCCGUUGGUUCCCAUGGAGACGUCCUCCUCCUCGGGCUCAGAUGACAGUUGUGAUAGCUUUGGCUCGGACGGAGGCUAUGCUAACACGAGGAGGAGCCUAAGACAGGCCCAGAGGUUGGCCCCGAGAGCCAAGGUGUUUGAAUCCACACCAGAAGAGGAAGCCCUCAGCGCCUUUGAGGAGAACACCUUCAGCGAAGACAUGAGCGCCAUGAACGUGGACUCCGACUCUGAAUCGCCCGAGCCUCGUCAGAGAGGCCGUCGUGCCGGCGUACUGAAGGUCGCCAUGAAGUUCCCCACCAAGAGAGGGACCCAGAAAAAGAAGCCAGCGUCGGCGCCCCUCCAACAGCCCAGAGAGCCUCAGCCCGACUCGGAACCGGAGGAGAACUUCAUGGAUAAGAGGGCGCUCAACAUCAAGGAGAACAAGGCUAUGCUCGCAAAACUGAUGGCAGAGCUGAACAAGAUGCCCGGGCUCUUCCCAAGACGGAUGGCCAUGUCUAUGAUCAACAUGCCUCGCCGGGCCCCUCGCCAGUCCCCCGGAGGCCCCGCCCCCCGCAGGAGGAACCCGGAGCGCUGCUCCCGUCCCCACACCCGCUCCCGCUCCCUGGUGGACGGGCCCCCCAGCCCGGACCCCGAGGACGACCCCGAGGACAAGUUCAGCAUGGUGCGCAGGAGCCGUCACUACGAGGAGGUGGACGAGACGGAGCCGCGGAGGCGUAGCUACAACGGCGUGAUGGCCAUUCCUCACGUGGUGCGCCCAGUGGACGACAUCUCCCAGGACGAGCUGGACCUCAUCUGCACCAACGUCAGGGAGAAGGUUUACAGCAGCUGCUAUGGUUCCACCUGCCACCAGUGUCGCCAGAAGACGACCGACACCAAGACCAACUGCCGCAACCCAGAGUGUGUGGGCGUGAGGGGGCAGUUCUGCGGCCCGUGUCUCCGCAACCGCUACGGAGAGGAAGUUCGAGACGCCCUGCUGGAUCCGGAGUGGACCUGCCCUCCGUGCAGAGGGAUCUGUAACUGCAGCUUCUGCAGAGCGCGUGAGGGGCGCUGUGCCACCGGCGUGCUGGUCUACCUGGCCAAAUACCACGGGCAUGACAAUGUCCACGCCUACCUGAAAAGUCUCAAGAAAGAGCUGGCUGAGAGCGAGUGAACUGUGGACCGAGCAAACACAGCCCCGCCCACAGCCCUGCCCACAAGCCCCGCCCACUCUUCCUGUGGGCCUAACUGACGUACCUUCUCAAUUGUGAUUUUUUCUUUUAAUCAAUAUGUCCAAGCAAAUCUGUUGUCAGUCUUGUGACAGAAAAAAAGAUGAUUCAUGAUGUUUCUUUUUUACAUUGUUUUAAAUGUAUGAAGUUCACACAACCGUCUCCCAAGGGAAAAACAUGCAUUCCUACCCUGAGGUAGAUUAUGUGUAACCAAGCUUUUUAACCUUUUUUUGAUUUUUUUUAUCUGAAAGUUCCGAUCAAAAGGACGUGUUCUCUUAAAAGUCGACUCUGAAUGACGACUAGCAUUCGCGUUAACGUUAAGACGCUCAGCUUCCAUCCAAGGUUCUCCUGCUGUAUUAGAAAGCACUGUUAGUUCAGCCCUGUUCUUCCCAACGUCACUGAGCUGCUUAGAAGUCCACCAAUAUCCCAUAAUGCCCCAGAGGUGGCGAGGGUGGACAGUAUACUGCGCCUGGGGGCCAAGGCUCUCCCCUCUCUCGAGUCCAGGAGGACUGUGAUAUACUACAGCGCCUGGUUAAAUCCUUCAUUAGAUAACUGUCACUAAUGGUGUGGAAACAAUUAGCAGACUCUAAUGGGAAUCUCAUACCUGUAAAUCAUUUUAUCCUAUUAAAGCACUUUCUCGCUUUGCA